AUGUUUUCUUGGAGUACAAGUACUGAUAAUGCCCCUGAAGACGUAGCUGAAACGGAUACAUCCACACUGUCUCGGAUCAAAUCUGCCUUGACACCUGAAUCAGUAUCUGCAAGUGCUACUACUGCUACAGCUUCCGCCGCUGCUUCUUCCACAAAAGCAGCCGCCGAUGAUAUUGUACAAACAGUGGUGACUGAUGCCACAACGGCUGUCGCAAAGUCCUGGUUCCGGGAGGUAAUAGAUGCUAUACUGUUAAUUGCACUCUUGCACUUGGUCAAUCUUGGGUUUCGAUGGUGGAAUGAACGAAGAUUAUUACGGCGGAAACAUAAAAAGGCCUCGGGGGGAGCAUCCAUCACCACACAUACUUCCGCCUCCUCGUCUCUCAUGAAAAAGGGAGGAAAAUUCGGUGGUGGUGGGUUUGCGAGAAACAUCACGAACAAGCUCAACAAAAAGAAGAAGAAUGCCAGAUUUCAAUUGUCGACUGGAUUUUCUGCUUCGGAUGAUGUUACCAGCACUUCACGAACUUCCAAUUUGACAGGCAACAACUACAAUACUAAGGAUGAUGAGGAAAGCCACUCCGAAUCGACACUCAAUAGCAACAGUCAGAGACUUUCACGAUAUGGAUUACAACAACGACCCAAUCCACAUGAAUUGCAUCGACGUUCUGCCAUGGGUCGGACAUGGUCCAUCCCUCAAGGAGGAGGAAACUUGCCAGUCAUUUUCAAUUUUGCAACCACCAGUAUGGAAGAGUGUUUGGAUCAAGUUGAUUUGUUGGACGUCAAGGACGAACGCGAGUUGGUAGAUAUUUUGGUCAAGUGCUGUUCGCAAGAACAAGUCUAUUUUGAAAAUUAUGGGGCCGUGGCGGCCCAUCUCUGUCACAAUACCAAUAUGACGCCCCGGCAUUCCAAUUUGGGCGGCAGCAGCAGCAACAGCAAAAGUGGACUCCCUCCACGGUCUCCCCGAUUUCCAACACGAUCCGCCCGCUCCAAAUGGCGACAAGCCUUGGAGCACAAAUUUGCAUCUUGUUAUCGCAAAGAGACCAAGAAACUGAGGAAACUGAGGAAUAUGGCCAUGUUCUUUUCUCAUUUGCUGGUCAACAAUGCCAUUUCGUAUCAAAUCUUUGACAUUGUCAAACUUUCGGAAAAAACUACCACCCCCUCAUGUCGGUAUUUUCUAAAGAUUCUGCUGAAGGAUCUGGCACAACACUUGACAUUGCCUCGUCUCCAAAGAAGAAUACAGGAAUUUUCUCACGCCUUUGCCGGAUUGGUAUUGUUAUUGAAUACUUCUACAAAUAAUAACAACAAUAAUACUGCGAGUGGGGCAAGUACUGGUGGUGGAAGCAGAGCAUCCUUUACUUCCACGACAUCCACAUUGACGUCGUACACUACAAAUUCCGUCUUGCAGAAUGCCAAGAAUAUGAAAUUUGCAGUGCACUUUUUGACCGAGAUUGGUUUGAAACCACUCACCAUGGACAUGCGCGAGCAUUUGUCCAAAAUGGAAAAGGAAGAACGAGUACAGAGACAACGACAACGGAAAAAUGCCUUGCAGAACAAAAUGAAGGGAUUACACGUGGUGGAGGACUCGGACAAUAGUCAUUCGGGCCGUCUGUACGAAGAAAUUCCCAGCAUUAGCAGCCAUUCCGUGGUGACCGAUGGGGCUUCCUCUACAGCUUCGUCCAUUAAUAGCACAUCCGUCCAGUCCAACGGUGGUCCCUGUAUUGAUGAAGUCAUUGAUGGCCGACCAACCACUCGAAGUUCUCAACAUUCUCAGCAUUCAGUGAUAUCUCAGCUCAGUACCUCUACAAGAUCAAAAUCCACUUCCCUUCGAGGCACGGCUGCUUCUGCUGCUGCUGUCAUGAACACGACGCCACCAUAUUUGAGGACUAUUUCUUCCAACAACAGUUUGGCUCCAUCGGAACAUUCUUUCGAGUCGCUCGGAGCCAGAUCAGCCUCGAGUACUACUGCCAAAAAGGUCCGAUCGUCUCAUCGCAAAUUGUCUCGGAACAUUGUUCCCCAUAAGCCAAACCUGGCUAGUAGGAAUGUCUCGGCACCACAAACACCCCAGCAUUACAAGCGUCAAUUGUUUGGGCCGUCGUCCAGGGUCUCGAAAUCACUCUCGCCAAAGCCUACUAGUAGUGCUGACCGAAAGGCCUAUCGACUUCCUCCAACGACACCCAACCUUCACGACAAUCUGGAAGAUGCCGAAGUCAUGUCUUCUUCUUCUUCUUCUUCGGACAGCGAAAUGCUACCCAAGCCCCGUUCGGGAGCAGUGCUAGUCAAUGAUGAUGAUGGCGGAGUUGAUAGCGAUGAUGAUGAUGAUGAUGAUGAUUUGAAGGAUGAUAUUGAAGAUGGAUCGUAUGAUAUCUAUUAUGGCAGUCAUAAUCUUGGACUAGGGAAAAAGGGCGGCAACAAGAUGGAACCUCUUCCGGAAGAUACGGAUGGGAGUGUGGAUACCUUCCACUUGCCUACCGAUGACGAGGAGGACGAGGGCCAUGAUUUGAAGCAGGAUGAUUUUCAAGUGACCGGUCGAAGAAACGUACUAUUUCGAAAGAGACCGUCCAUUAUUAAUGAAGAAUCACUGUAA